UGACGACGGAGGACUUCAAUUCCCAACUCUUUUCGCCCGGAGACAAAGCUGGAGACAAAGGACCAGACAAAGGACUGAGGGGCUCUGAGGAGGCAUUGCCGGUUGCCUAAUUCAAGCCGCCGCACAUCGUUUCGUCGACCUUUACCGCAUACCCACACCCGCCAUGGUCACAUUACCGGCCCGAUGGCGGCCAAUAGUCAUCCUCCUCCCCUUCGCCCUCCUCUUCAGCUUCCUCUGCUUCAUCCUCCUCGGCUACGACCUCCCCACCCCGCUCACCACCAGCAACAAAAAGCACACCUCGCCGCUCACAAAUACCCACCUGUGCGUCCUCGCCCGCACUUAUCCGAAACAAUACACCUACCUCCCGGCCUUCCUCCUCAGCGUCGUCAAAGGGACGGACCACUCGGCACCGCUGGAGACGACUGUGGUGUUGGUGGUGACGGAGAGCACGACGAAGGAAGAGGAGAGGGUCUUGAGGGAGACGUUGAGGGUUACGGAGCAGGCGGCGAUGGUUGGAGGGAAUCCGAGGCCGAGGUUUGUGAAAUUGGAGGUGGGCAAGGAGGAGGCGGAGCACGCUUAUCCACUGUUGAAAGAUGGUUGGAGUGAUUAUGGAUAUGCAUACACCGAUGUAGCAAUCGAGAAACUGGCAACCGCGUCAUCCUCUCCACAUGCCACCACCCUACCUAAAUGCAACUACCUCAUGUUCACCAAUGCGGACAACCUCUAUUCCUCGCGGCUCGGCACACACAUCACUCCGCACAUCACCGCUCAAACCGACAUGAUUGCAUUCGACAUGAUCUCAAGCCACCGAUGGGGCUCGCGCAACGUUGGGGACUCAAAGCAAAGCAUAUUCGAUGACUCGACGAUGAAACAUCUUACUGUGGCAUUCAAAACGGGAGAGAUCGAUCUGGGUGCAUCCAUGCAUCGGUUCGACCUAGUUGUGAAGCAUGGCUUGAGGUUUUUGAAAGCGGCGGGCGUGACCGAGGGGAUGGGUGGGGAGGAGGCAACAGCGAAAUUAUGGAAUGCAGAUGGGAAUUUCAUUGAGGCGAUGAAGGAGAUAGCGGAGAAGACGGCGCUCAUCAGGCAGACUUUGUUUGUGCAUCAAUGACGGGAAGGGCUGGGACAGUUGAGGAAGUGGUUUUUGGCAUAUUUACAGUGAGAUUUGAGUCACGGCGGUAAUCUGUGUGUUUUUUUGGUUAGGUUCAGAUAUAGAUGGUUUCCCUCGUUUUGCCUUCGCUGGGGAUUUCACCUUUAUUAAUUUGCUGUAUCGAUUGCCUAAGUCAGUCUCUGCCCAGGGGCUAUAUCCUGUGCCUGUUGAAAAAAAAAAAUAAGGUUUGUCCAGAGGUGGU